AUAUGGGUUGCUGUAGUUAAUGGUUUUAUAUGUCCAACGCAUGCUAGUAUCCAUAUUUUUGCAAUGACAUGACUGCAAAAACACUUCAAUUUUUGCAAUGGGAUACUGAGAUCCAAAGCGAUUCCCUUCAUGCCGUAACAUGAUUCACUUCUUUUAUUUGUGAGUGUAAUUUACCAGAAGAGUAUGUCCUUUUGCAGGGAGGGCAUUGACAUGUUUUGUUGGUUGCUGAGCCUGCCUGUGGAAAGUGUUGUGCAAAUAUCACUUUCAUGUUCAUAUUUUUCCUGACAAUGCUCUUAUAGCUGAAUGUGGAGAGUUUGGUUCAUCAAAAUUGUUCCAAAAGUACUUAAAUCCUUGUCUGUUCACAUAUUAACUUGCAGGGUUUAGCUAAGAGUUGGGAAACUCUUAUAGGGUCUCUCUUUCAGUGCUGCAUCACCUCAUGACUAAUUUUGAGAAGCAGCGUUGUUUGGUAGUGUAUUAUUAGUUUAUGCUACCUAAUAGCAUCAAGACCUUCAGUAUAAGCAUGCCAUUGUUGUUAUUCUGGCCCUGAUUACUGGAACGAUGGCAGCAAUGGUCAUCUCCUGUGUAUUCACUACCGUUAUUUGGUUUCUUGUAUGGUGUUUUUUCAUUUGCCUCUGUUUUGUUCUUUGGCUGAAGCCAAAGAGUAAAAGACUAAGUUAUCCCUUCUCUUUAAUAUUUGGGCACAUUGUUGGAAUGAAGAGGAUGGUGUCAAUGGACCUACAAGCUGAUGGUGGGAAAACUAGAAGGAAACCUCACAUCUUACUGUUCUCUAACUCAAAUUCCCGUAUUUCAAGCUGUUGACUGAGCAAUUUGGUAAAGUAUUUCAUCCUGGCACAGACUGUUGUUUUGUUAAGUUUCCAACUUAGUUAUGUAUGUUAUAGUUGUAGAAAAUAGUCUAAUGGUCUGUUUAUCUUGUGGUAUGCAUUCCAUUUAAGUAUGGACUGCGACAGGGAGGGGCAUUAUAUGAGAGGGGGAAGGAUGCCACCCAUUGCCAAAAAGAAAAAGGCCACGGACAGUAGAACUAACUUUCUGCCUGGUGCAUGUCUUGGACCUUCAAGUUGUCUCUGUUCUUGAAAGUUUCUUUGUGGUAUUUUUUGUUGGCAUUCAACGCCAAAACAGUUAGACUUGUCCCCAAGAUUUAUAAUCUGGUCUGUAAUGACUUUGAACUCUUUCACUGGAAGCCCUACUGCUCAGUCUGGUUGGUCCUCAAAUACUAGAACUACUGAAAUUGCAGGGUGAAGUCCCUUAAACCUACUUAGCUAUUUCCAUUUUCUGUCACAGAAUCAUUUAGUUGUUUUUAUCAAUCUUCAAUGUAAGGAGAUUCUUAUGAUCAUGCAUGUUAAUCUGCAUAUAUUGGUCCUCUUUAUCUGACAUUCUCAUUGCUAUUGGUUUUUGCUUCUUAUUUUGUAAUUUUUAACCCUUUGCCCAUUGACUAAAUAAAUCUGAGUGACAAAUAUUGAUGAGGCUUUACAUUAUAACAGGAGGCUCGGCACCUUGUUAGGGAAUUAUCUUCAGAUCCUUUGACUAGGGUAAACCUGCUCAUCCUCAGAAGGUUGGCACCCUUAUUAUUAAGGUCAUUACAACAAAUGGCGCACAUUGGUCCAGUAAUGAAAAACAAAAAGCUCCCCGGCUUUACAUGUGCAAAGUGAAGGUAUUUCAAGAUGGGAGAUUUAGGCUUGCUGACUUAACUUGGAUUUUGGCACUGCAAUGCUUAUUGGAGUAAAUAAACUUGGAAUCAUGCAGGAUUUGUUAAUUGUUGAAUCUACAAAUAUGCUGGUCAAAACUUGCGAAUGUGCUAAAAUGGAUGGCUGAACCUCUGAUUUGCUCGUGGACGGUGUUUGGUAUUGACUGUGAUGAAGGAAUACAAAUAUUUUUUCAGGGUAAUGAUCAUAUUAAGGCCAUGAUGAGUACAAGGACUACUCGUGGAGUUUGCCUUGUUAAGGUUGAGGUGUUUAACAUGCACAACAGUGGAGUGUGAAGCUAAAGUGGCCAUGUUGAAUGCUCCCUCAUUCUUCACCUCUUAUAUUCAUUUGAGUCAGAUUUUCACAAACUGAGAAAAAUAAAAUGGUCUGGAGACUAGAGAAGGAGAUCUACUUAAUAAUUGUGGACAGUUUGCAGGAGGGUGCAGACGGCCAUUCCGGUGUCUUGUUACAUGUAAUCAUGCAAGUUGCUACUUGCCAAGAACGGUGAGCUUGGACAUUCCACAGACGACCAAUUUAUAGUUCACAUAACUGCAAGGACAUCUUCCUGGCUGCAUCUGAGUUCACUUCCAUUGCUGCAACAUGGGUUUGAUGGUAAUGGCAUCACAUCCUGAGCAGCGAUAUGAUAUAUGCACGGUCCCAGAAGUUCCCGGGGGUCACCUUCCUGAUGCAGCAGUUAUAGGCUUGGCAAGUUGAAAGUGGUAUGUAAUUGUUCGUAGGCUAUAACCAAGCUUAUUUGGAAUCUUGGUUUGUAAUCAACAACUGAAAAUAGUGGUCGAUUGUUUUCCAAUAUUUCUUGCUAAGAGACCAAUUUGAUUGCCUCAGCUUUGCUUUACAUGCCUUUUGGUUUUCCACUAUUUCUUGGUCUCAAAGAGAUGAACUUCCCUUUGAAGAUCCAUUGGAUUGCCAACUACAGCCACAUUCCAUGAUUUGGUUUUCAGAAUUCAUCUUCAACCGCCUACACUACCUGAGUUUCUCCAUCCUAGACUUGACAGUGGAACUUGGACUGGUUCAUCAAAUAAAUUUGAAUAUUCAUUAAUUGACCUUUUUUUGUGGUGGAUGAAAGUUUAAUUAAUUAUUACAGAAGAAAAUCGUGAGAGCCUCUAAGGCGCGAACGAUGCAACUGAACCAACAACCAAGGGACAAAUUUGUAAUAACAAUAAAAAAACCAUGAAAAAUUGAAAAUGAUCAGCAACACUCAACGUGCUUCCACCCCCUUAUCUUCCGUCCCAUAAAUGUUGUUAACACCCUGAACCCACCUUCCUCCACAAACCUCCACAACUUCGUGACAUGUCUCUCCCGUUCCUCCGCUCACUUCUCCGAGCCCUCACGUCCAGGUGGCCGGUUUUUCUCUAUGCAGCCACCUGGACUCUUUUUCUGACGGUGACAGUGGCCGUGGCUUCUUUCUCUCCUGAGAUUGCGUUCGUCACGGCCAUAUCUCCCUCCUCGCCUUUCUCCAAGUCUUGUGCCGGAGAGGGGUUUGUUAGAAUACCCUUGGAUUAUCCAAGAGAGGCAAUGUGCUUCCCGACUAACGUGGUUCGGAGGUCCAACUUGGAUUUCUUUGUGCCUACGGUGUUUGCUGCUUUGAUUGUGGCGGGUUCGGCUUUUGUGGUGCGGUCCUUAGCCUUGUGGGAGGGGACACAGAGACGCAGAGAGGUUGAUGAUGGCUUGAUGUUGUUCUCUAGAAACUAAUAUAAAGUUCCAUGUAAUUCUUUUUUAGAUGCUUCAAUAGCUCAAUGGUUUUACUUAUUUAUUUUCUUGGAUUACAUUUCAGAUUAUAUCCAUGGUUAACUUGUUAAGUUUAUGGCGAAUUUUAGUAGAAUAUUAGGCAUCCCUUCUUUAUUUUGAUUUGU